AUGCAAGAGCUGCGUCAGUACUGCAUGACUUUGCGAAAGCAACAUGCGUGCGAGAGAAAGUUGUUUUUACAGCCAUUGGUGAGACCACAUGCCAUGAGCCUAACCUUUGUGCAGGGCCUUCCUCUCCAGGGCGUUUCGGCGCCGGCUCUUUCGAAGGCUGGAGUGAAGGCCAUGGAAUGGGCACCGGGACCCUCGGCUGACUUCUGGACUGCCCUCUGCCUCGCCUCCGCCGGCGCGGUCGCCGCCCGAAGCCGACAAAGGAAAACAGCCAUCAAGGCGGAGACUCGCACAAGGACGGUAAACCCUGCCAACAACGAGCCGGAGGAUCCGAAAGACUUCCCCAAGCCAUCGAUGAUCGACAAGACGGACAACUACUUGGAGGGACAGGCGCUGUCAAGCAAGAUUGCCGGCCUUAAGGGCAAGGGUGAGUCAAAGACGGUCGCGAUCAUCGGCGGCGGUCUCUCAGGCCUUGCGUGUGCCAAGUACCUGGUGGACGCUGGCCACAAGCCCAUCGUCUUAGAAGCCCGUGACUGCCUGGGUGGCAAAGUCUCUGCUUGGCAGGAUAAGGACGGCGACUGGGUUGAGACAGGCUUGCACAUCUUCUUCGGUGCUUAUCCGAACAUGAUGAACCUGUUCAAAGAGCUGGACAUCGAAGAUCGGCUUCAGUGGAAACGUCACCAGAUGAUCUUCGCUAUGCAGGAGCUCCCGGGUGAGUUCACGACCUUUGACUUUCUCGAGGGCAUCCCGGCGCCUUUCAACUUUGGUUUGUCUAUCCUCCUGAACCAGAAGAUGCUCACACUUCCCGAGAAGCUGCAGACAGCUCCGGCCCUUCUGCCGAUGCUGGUUGAAGGCCAAAAGUUCAUCGACCUGCAAGAUGAACUCUCUGUCUUCAACUUCAUGGAAAAGUACGGAAUGCCUGACAGGAUCAACACGGAGGUGUUCAUUGCCAUGGCAAAGGCCCUGGACUUCAUCGACCCAGAGAAGCUAUCCAUGACCGUGGUGCUCACGGCCAUGAACCGGUUCUUGAACGAGACGGACGGCCUUCAGAUGGCUUUCCUGGAUGGAAAUCAGACGCUGCGACUUUGCGAGCCCAUGAAGCAGUAUAUUGAGGCAAGGGGUGGCCAGGUGCUGCUGAACAAGCCUCUGGCCAGCAUCGAGACCAACGAGGAUGGCUCCGUGAAGCACUUCCUCAUGCGCGACGGUGAGAAGGUGGUCGCUGACGAGUACAUCUCCUCGGUCCCCUGCGACAUCAUGAAGCGCAUUCUUCCAAAGGCUUGGUCCACGGACCCAUUCUUCCGGCAGAUAGACGAGCUGGAAGGCAUUCCAGUUAUCAACAUCCAUCUCUGGUUUGAUCGUAAGCUCCUCAACGUGAACCACCUCUGCUUUAGCAGAAGUCCGCUCCUGUCUGUGUAUGCGGACAUGAGCACGUGUUGCAAGGAGUACGAAGACCAGGACAAGUCGAUGCUCGAGCUGGUCUUUGCUCCCUGCUCGCCAAUCGCAGGUGGCAACACAAACUGGAUGGGCAAGAGCGAUCAGGACAUCGUCGACGCCACCAUGAAGGAAUUGGAGCGCCUUUUCCCCACCGAGAUCGGUCCGCAUCUGCCCGAUGGCGGUGCAAAGCUCAUCAAGCAUGCUGUGGUGAAGGUGCCUCGAAGCGUCUACGCUGCCAUUCCGGGUCGCAACAAGUUCCGCCCGUCCCAGGAGACACCAAUCAAGAACUUCACCCUCGCCGGUGAUUGGACCAGCCAGAAGUUCUUGGGCAGCAUGGAGGGUGCUGUUCUCGGCGGGAAGCUUGCUGCGGAGGUUGUCGCUUGCAGAUCAGCUGGCGAGCCCACGAAGGGCCUGAAGGCGAUUGACGAAUCCAUCUUGGCGAAGAAGGACGAGUUCGUGCCGAAGGAUCCAAUGGGCGUCAAGGGGAAGUGCAACAUGGCGCAGGAAGAGAUGGAAGACCAGAAGCUCAGGUAUGGUGAGGACCUUGUCUCUGCAAAUGCUGGUGUUGCGGUGGCCAGGCCAACGGCGAAGUCAGCGCCGACCUGGCAGAAAAUGGUGGGCCACUCAAGGCUGGGGAAGGUACGAGCUGCAGAUGCCUCAGCGGGGAACUUCGCUCGAAACAUCUCCUGCAAAACCUGUGGUGCGCAGCGACCGAUUGCUGGGUCUUAUGGGACGCCCCUGCCAAGUGCUGGGCAGACAGACCCGUUUGAGUCACCCACAGGACAGCCAGGAGACUGGAGCUGUCCCAAAUGUAGAGCUGUGUGCUUCGCAAGAAAUCCUGUCUGCGGCAGGUGCAAUUGCCCAAAGCCUGAGAGCAUCGAGGAGUACAACCUCCUCGCAGCCGCAGCAGUGGGUGCCAUUCCAGGCGUGAAGGCGAGUGUGAAGGGCUACGUGCCACCCACUGCAGAGCUGAAGACGGACGCGACAUCUCCUUGGGCAAGGCAGUGGGCGGCAGGACCCGCAGGUGGCAUGUUCGUUGGCGAGACGAACUUGCCGGAACCUUUCCUGCAGACCAUUCAUCCAGCUGCUCCAGCUCCCAUCGCUAGUUUCAGAAGCCUCUUAAACCUGACGGUUCGAUACAAGCGGCUGAAGUAG